AUGGAGGGACUGCAAGUGCUGCAGGAUCGAGCCACCACAGUGGAGACGCUCCUCGCGUACCUCAAAUCCAAGGCCAGAGUCAUGGCUCUUCCAAGGUACGCCUUCGCCUCGUGCGGCAUCCGGAAGAAAGAAGGCGUCGGCUAUGUCGACAAGAGGGGCGUCCCAAUGGCGGAUUGGCUCAAAGGGGCAGCGACGAAUCCAGACGAGAACGAUUGUGCCGGAGGAGCGCGGGGAUUGAGCGACGAACUCGUGGCCGCCAUCGAGAGUAACGUCUUGCGAAGCUUGUCCGAGCGAGGCGAGGUGGAGUACGUCCAGAGGACGACGGUGGCGGUGGCACAGGUCGCGGACGCCAUGGAAGCUUUGCUCAAGAGGGCAAUCAUAGCCGAGGCGGAGGUGGAGGUGGAGCAAGUCCGGGCGAGGAUGAGCGAGGAGGAGGUGACGAGGAAGUCUAUACAGAUCGAGGAGAUGUGGUGUCGCGUGGAGGAGAUGGAGAGGGUGGCGGUGGGAACCAGCGGGAUUCUAAAGGAGAUGCAAGUCAAGCUCGAGGACAUGGAGAUGGAGACGUCGCGGCAGCGGCACCGUGCCAACGAGAACGAGCAGGAGCUCUCCAAAGUCCGGCGUGACUUUGGGAUUCUAAGAUCGAGCGUGGAUAGCCUGGUAAAAGCUCGCGAGACCAUAAGAUCGAUGGAGAGACGCAUCGAAGAAGUGGAGAGAAUCUCCGAGCGGCUAACAGCUCGUGUUGGCGGCCUGGAAGCUGGAAAGCGAAACAAAGAGGCCGAGGUCCAAAAGCUCAUGCUCGAGAAUGACAAGCUCCAAGCUCGACUUGACAACAAAGAAGCGGAACUGGCAGCAGUGAGCGAGCAAGUUAAGAUGCUUGCCAGGCUCUCGUGAAACCAAAGUUUUCCCUUGUUCUUCUUCACGUGCAUUCAAACUUUUACAGCGAUGGAUAGAAAGCGCGCAAAAAACUCCUUUUUAACGCUGUG